CUGGUCAAAGACGUCUUCAUCCAGGUCCUUCAGGAGCUGCAGGUGGAGAUCCAGCAGUGUUUCGGAGAGGCAGACCUGACAGCCGCUCUGAGGGCCAAUGAGAGGAAAUGCCCCGUUCUGUCCAACGACUCAGAUUUUUACAUCUUUGAUGUGCAGGAAGGGUUUCUUUCAAUUGAUGGAUUCCAGUGGGAGUCUGUGACACAAGGAGCCAUUCCUGCUCGGCGCUACAGAAUCUCACAGUUUUGUAGAUGUUUUAAUGUCGACGAGAAGCACAUGCCCGUCUUUGCUGCUUUAUCAGGAAAUGAUUACUCACAGUUGGAAAAAGAAGACAUCAAAAGGUUAAUCAGAAGAUAUCCUGAAGCUCAGCAGCCAGGAGGAUCCUCUACCUGUCGACAGCGAGCCAUCCUCAGGCUUUUAGGAGAUUUCAGGGGGAAGACGCCUGAAGAGGCUGUGACAGCAGCUCUGCAGCUGGCUGGCAGAUCUAAGCAGGAGGACAUCAAACUUUUCCUGAAUUCAGCUCAACAAUAUGUCUUAAAGGAGCCACCUCGUCCCAACCUGCCUCAGUGGGUCAUCCAGGAAAUUCAGAGAGGAAGACUGACCUCCUUUGUCACAUCUGUUGUGAUCCAGAAGUCAAUGACCUUGACUCCACUGGUGGAGGACUUCUCCCAGCCCAGCAGCUACAGUGCGUCCCUCCGGAUCCGACAGUUCUUUUACGGACUGUUGCUUGGAUCGGAGCCAUGCACGGAAUAUGACCGGGAGGGCACUGAAGAUAUGCGUCCUAAACAGGUCACCCCUGUCCAAGCAGGUGUGACACCAGAGGAGCUGCAGAAACUGGAGCUGGAACAUCUGAAUGAGGCUCCUGAGGAUCUACGCCACACCGUCUUGUAUGAAGCUCUGGGAUGUUCAGGCUUGGACCUUGAACACAUCCCGGACCAGCUGAAGCUGACACUCUGUGUGACCCGGUUCUGGUUCUGGUACCAGAACCGCCAGCAGAACCCCUUAGAAGGGUUCAACAUGUCCUGCCUCCAGGCCCUGGUCCUCGGAUUCCUGCAAGGAAACACUGAUGGAGGCAGUGCGGUCCGGUCCAGCCCGGGGGCGGUGGCUGCUCGGCGCCCCCUGCAGGCCGGUGCUGCUCAUGCUUUCAGCCGCUGGUUGACCUGCCUGAGGCAGAGCCUCCACCUCAACCAGCUGCUGCGCUUCCCUCUGCCGGAGCCGCAGUGCUGCAGGCUGUACUGCGGUCCAUGGCUCCACCAGCUGCAGAACCAGCUGCUGACCGACUCCAACGCUUUCAGAGAGAGUAGGGAGCGGCUGCAGGACGGCGAGAGAGAGCUGCUGGACAGAGCCCUGACGGUCAUCCAGUCUGCUGGACAGGAAGCUGAUGAGGAACUGGCUAGGGGGCGGGGCCAGUUCAUGGGGCGGGGCCAGUUCAUGGGGCGGGGCCCGUUCAGGGGGCGGGCCUCAGCUGGAAGACAGAUCAAGCACAGGAGGCUGGUCUCAGCUUCAGGAUCGUCCCUAAUUAGAGCAAUUCCCUCACCCCAAGGAGGGACCCCAGAAGGAUUAAGGUCCCCAUAUAGAGAGUCUUCACAACCAUUAAAGUCCCCAUGUACAAGAGAUGGAAGAACAUUUUUCCAUAGUUACCAGAAUAAUUUUCCCACCAGGAGGACGGGCCCAGACGAUGACGGGAGGGAAACGCAGAAGAAAAAAAACAGACAGAGGGAAUGAAGGUUUGCAAAUCGUUGACAGGAAGCUGAUGUUGCUCCCUGAGGAAACCUGUUGCUGUUGCUCUCAGCAACCUGUUGCUCUGGUUUUAUGCUACUUUAAUGUGCCAAAUGUGUGUUUUUAAGGCUGAGUGUUGAGAUGGGAAUACAGGUUUUAACUAGGACAUUCUGCUCUGAAGGCUGCAGCAAUCUGUUUCUGCUCUCUGCUUUUAAACUAUAUUUUAUCUUGGCUGUUUAAUGACAACUGUUUUAGAGCAACAGUUUCUCUUUUGUUCAAUCAAAUAUGAAAACCUGAAUGAACUGUAAUAUAUUAGGUAAAAUUAGUCUGAAGGAAGAUCUCAGUUCAAUAAAACACCUUCAUGAGGCUGAUUAUUA